GGUGGCUGCUUCUGCUCCUUUCUGCUUCCCUUGCCCUGCUUGUCUUGGCCGCAAUUCUGGACUUGGCAAAGCAGCUAGCUAUCACGAUCAAUACUCAAUCUCGACCCUCAACCAUCAACCAUCAACCACUCUACCAGAAUCUGCCUAUCUUUCUUUCCACCAUACAACAUGGCCACCCAGAAACUCUCCUCAGACAUCGACCGGAUGUUAGAGCAGUAUCUACAGCUCCUGGAUACCUACACCUCCCUCCGAUCCCAGCUCUCCGUUCUGCAAUCCUCAAUUCACCAGAACAUAGCACGCGCCAACUUCUCCGCCGACCGCGGCAUCCGCUACGGCGAACAGCUGUACGAUGCGCGAAUGCAAGCCUUGCGCAUAUGCCGUAUCGCCGUUGACACUGCAGGCGUCCCUGAAGAUGCAGAGCCUGCGCCUACAGCUGGAGGUGAAAGGAUGAGCAUCACGAUCCUUCCUCGAUCCGACUCAUCCCCGGACUCCUCUCCCACCACUUCCCCAACCCAAACCACAAACGAGAACACCACCGACACUCAAAAAAGCCCCAGCAAAGAAAAACAAGCCUCGCCUACCUCAGAAACAGAAUCAGAAAAACCCAGGCCCAGAGACCCGCUCCGCAUGUUCGGGAUCCUGGUCCCGCAGGCGCUGCGCACAGCGCAGACGGAAGCUGUCAAGAUGGUGGGGGAUGUGGUGCCGAAGCUGGUGCAGCUGGAUCUACAGAUGCGGGAGCUGGAGAUAGAGAUUAGGAGGGGGAGGAAGAGGAAGGCUAAGGCUGAGGCGCUGGAGGUGAGGAUGAGGGAUGAGGGAUCGGUGAGGGGUGGGGCGGCGGGAGAGGAGCCGGGUGGGAUGGUGGAGGGUUUGAAGGUUUAGGGGGUUGGGGAUGCUUGACCGAAGGAACGGAUGCGAGGUAUGUCUGGAGAUACUGGAUGAUAAGCUAGUGCCGGUGGCUUUCAGAAGACGAUGAGCUGGAUGUUUACCUAUCUAGGAAUUAACUCGUAUAUGCGCAUGGCUGCUACGAUCCAUAUCAUCAAGUAUCAAGUUGUGUUUUAUGUCGUAACCUGAUAAGUUCAAGCACAAUCUUACAUUUUUACAUCCCGGCAAGAGUACAACUACCCGCAGACCAUAUGCACCGUCCCACAAAGCCUCAGAACGCCUUCCUUGCUAAACCCUAAGCAG